AUCCAGCACUUUUGCGUCCUGGUCGUUUGGAUCGUAAAGUCGAAUUCUCUCUACCAGAUUUAGAAGGUCGUGCACAUAUAUUGAAAAUUCACGCCAAGAGCAUGUCGGUUGAACGUGAUAUCCGAUAUGAAUUGAUUGCUCGACUUUGCCCAAAUAGUACUGGUGCCGAAUUGCGAAGUGUGUGUACGGAAGCUGGGAUGUUUGCAAUUAGAUCGAGAAGAAAGGUUGCGACAGAAAAGGACUUUUUGGAGGCAGUAAACAAAGUUAUCAAGUCCUACGCCAAGUUUUCAUCGACACCUAG